AUGUUGAAAAGUAUUUUUGAUGACUCAGGUGACGCUGUUUUGGAUGGCAUAGAUUUCGAUAUUGAGAAAGGAUCAACCCAUUACUAUGGUGUGCUAGCAAAGACACUAAAUGAACUUGGCACAAGUUAUGGAAGAAAAGUACAUCUAAGUGCAGCACCUCAAUGCCCUUAUCCUGAUACACGGCUAGAUAGAGCUCUACACACUAAUAUUUUUGACUAUGUUUGGAUUCAAUUUUACAACAACCGUUGUGAAUUUAAUGCCCAAAAUCCUGAAGAGUUUAAGAAAGCAUGGACAAAAUGGACCUCCAACAUCUCAGCUACCAAGUUCUUUGAUGGUUUGCCAGCGUCGCAUACUGCUGCUACCAGCGGGUUUGUCCAUUCACGCACAUUAGUUAGCCACGUUCUUCCUUUUGUUAAGAGUACCCGUAAUUUUGGAGGAGUCAUGUUGUGGGAUAGGUUCCACGAUAUCCAAUCUGGGUACAGUAGACGCAUUAAGCAUAUGCUUUGAUGUCAUUGACUGCUACUAUUUACCAACAACAAUAUC